AUGAUUGAGGAGAGUGGGAAGAGGAGGAGGACAAUGGCAGAGAAGAGACAGCUGUUCAUGGAAAUGAGAGCACAGAAUUUUGAUGUCAUCAGACUUUCAACGUAUCGAACAGCCUGUAAACUGCGGUUUGUACAAAAAAGAUGUAAUCUUCAUCUUGUUGAUAUCUGGAAUAUGAUUGAAGCCUUCAGAGAUAAUGGCCUUAACACUUUGGAUCAUAACACAGAGAUCAACGUGUCUCGACUAGAAACAAUCAUUUCAUCCAUCUACUACCAGCUAAACAAACGCCUUCCUUCUACUCACCAAAUCAGUGUAGAGCAAUCCAUCAGCCUCCUCCUCAACUUCAUGAUAGCAGCAUAUGACAGUGAGGGCCAUGGGAAACUGACGGUAUUUUCGGUGAAAGCCAUGUUAGCAACUAUGUGUGGUGGUAAAAUACUGGACAAACUCAGAUAUAUUUUCUCUCAAAUAUCAGAUUCAAAUGGACUAAUGAUAUUUACAAAGUUUGAUCAGUUUUUGAAAGAAGUUCUAAAACUUCCAACUGCUGUGUUUGAAGGGCCUUCUUUUGGAUACACAGAGCAUUCUGUUCGGACCUGUUUCCCACAACAAAAAAAGAUAAUGAUAAACAUGUUUUUAGACACAUUGAUGGCUGAUCCACCUCCUCAGUGCCUUGUGUGGCUGCCUCUAAUGCACAGACUUGCCCAUGUUGAAAAUGUCUUCCAUCCUGUGGAAUGUUCAUACUGCCGGUGUGAGAGCAUGAUGGGCUUCCGGUACCGAUGCCAGCAGUGCCACAACUACCAGCUCUGUCAAAACUGUUUCUGGCGUGGCCAUGCAAAUGGUCCUCAUAGCAACCAGCAUCAGAUGAAGGAGCAUUCAUCUUGGAAAUCACCUGCAAAGAAGCUGAGCCAUGCAAUUAGUAAAUCACUCGGUUGCGUACCAAGUAGAGAACCACCUCGUCCUGUAUUUCCUGAGCAGCCAGAAAAGCCACUUGAUCUUGCACAUAUAGUGUGA